AUGGCCGCCAUGCUGGCAUUAAAGCUGCUGUUCGCUUUCCUUCUCCCGUUGGUCUCCGCGCUCAAAUUCGAGAUCCAAGCACAUCCAGGCCACGAAUCCGCAUCGAAAGAGCGCUGCAUCAGGAACUUUGUCGCAAAGGAUCAACUGGUAGUCGUGACCGCGACUGUCAGUGGGAACAGAGGAGAUGGACAGACAUUGAACAUGCACAUCAAGGAUGCAGUCGGCAAUGACUACGCACGCCCUCGCGAUGUUGCCGGCGAAGCACGAUACGCUUUCACAUCCCACGCCGAUAGCGCCUUCGACGUCUGCUUCGAGAACAUCCUUACAGCCUCCCACAGCGUCCUGAGCCCGACCAAAUCCGUGGAGCUCGACAUCGAUAUCGGCGCAGAUGCCAAGGACUGGUCGGCGAUCCAAGCCUCCGAGAAGCUGAAGCCGGUCGAAGUUGAGCUCAAGCGCAUGUCUGGCCUGGCCGCUGAGAUCAUUGACGAGCUGGACUUCUUGAGGAGCCGUGAGAUGAAACUCAGAGAUACCAACGAGAGCACGAACGAGCGUGUCAAGUGGUUCGCAAUUGGCACUAUGGGGUGUCUUGUGGGGUUGGGAGUGUGGCAGGUCGUGUACCUGCGGGCGUACUUCAGGAGCAAGCAUUUGAUCUAG